AUGGCAUCAGCAGCAGCAAGACUCUCCAACGUCACCGGACACCUCUCAGCCAGCUUUCCCACGGGUCUCUUAGCCGGUGAAGUGGCCAUCAUCACGGGCGCGGCUCAAGGCAUAGGACGAUGUGCAGCCCUCAUGUUCGCCAAAGAAGGUGCAAAGGUGGUCGUGUCCGAUCUCGACGGUGAGAAGGCCCAAAAAGUUGUGGAGGAGAUCAAGGCGAACGGCGGAGAGGCCAUCGCUGUCGGAGGAGACGUGACCGCUGAAGAUUUCCCAAAGAAGAUCAUCAAGACGACAGUGGACAAGUAUGGCAAGAUCAACCAUCUCGUCACCAACGCUGGCUUCACCUACGACAAGAUGUCACAUACGAUGACCGAUGCUCAGUUCGAGCUGAUGCUCAAAGUCCACAACACCGCACCUUUCCGUCUCAUUCGUGAAGCUGCACCUUACUUCCGCAUCAAGGAUCACGCGAAGCGCGAGAACCGAUCCAUCACAAAUGUCAGCUCGACAUCUGGCUUGCACGGCAACGCAGGCCAAGUCAACUAUGCCGUAGCAAAGAGCGGCGUGCUAGGCCUGAGCAAGACGAUUGCAAAAGAGUGGGGUCCCUUUGGCGUUCGAUGCAACACCAUCGCGUUUGGCUAUAUCUCGACUCGCUUGACGGCAGACAAAGGACUAGGCGCAGCUAUCGAGGUCAACGGCGAAAAGGUUGCGCUAGGUAUUCCCGGAGGAGCCUCAAGCGGACAAAAUGACAGGACUUCUAUGAUUCCACUGCAAAGGCCAGGUGCGCCGGAGGAAGCCGCAGCUGGCAUGCUCUUCCUAGCCAGUCCACUCGCUGCUUAUGUUACCGGUCACUGCCUCGAAGUCACGGGAGGACGAUAA